GACGCAGUCGAGACGUCACUUGUACAGAAGACGCGUUUGGAGCUAAUGAGGGAGCGACGACUGCGCCAUUACAAUAAGAAAUUGCAAAAGACACAUAAGCUCCGAAAAAUUUCCGAACUCAGCAACGAAGCAGUGAACGAAGACGAGUUAGUAUUUGACCGAAUCCAAAACGGGUUCACUAUCAUGAAGCGAUUAGCUGAGGUUGACGAGUCGGAAGAGAAGCACAGUCACUCAAAGGAUAAGCAUGCAAUUUUCCAUGAGAACAGAAACAAGGCUCACUCAGAUCCCAAUAUUUCUAAGACGCCCAAGCAAAGUGCCGUAUUAAGAAUGUUUAACUGGAUGGCUCGCGGGCAUUCAUUCAGAGGAAAAUGA